AUGGAGCCACCAGUGCCCUCAAUGCAAGGCUCAGAGGAGACCGACUGGAGCGACUCCGAGCGUUGGGAGGCUUUCUCAGAAUGGUCAACGGGAAUCGCCUACAACCACCUGACUGGUGAUAAGAUCCGGAUCCUUCAGAGGGUUCAUGAUGAGCCCGGUGGGGCAGAUGAACUACGCUUCACGUUGACUGAUCGUCCGCUUUCCGACAUAGAGGGCCAAUAUGUCGCGGUGAGCUAUUUUUGGGGGAAGCAUACAGAAGAGAAACGGUACAUUUACAUCAAUGGGCACAGAGCCUUCGUCACACGAAGACUUUACGACACUUUGCUUGAGGUAUGUCGAGUAUGCGAUAUUCCUUUCUGGGUGGACGCUCUCUGCAUCAAUCAGAGUGACUUGGCGGAACGAAGCGCUCAGGUCCUCCGAAUGAAAGCCAUCUAUGGGAAAGCAAAAGAGGUUGUUGCCUGUCUCGGCAGUGAGGACGACGAUGACCAUUGCUCCCAGAUGAUGCGUUUCCUGAAUUCGACAUCGAUCGACGGGCCAGAGAAAGUGGAGUUUCCGGUUCGGGGCAAGGCUUCCUUUGAUGACUUGAAGGCCUUGGUGCGACGCCCAUACUGGCGCAGGGUAUGGAUCAUACAGGAGAUCGCUGCUGCUAAAAAGGUAUCACUGCUGGCCUGUGAGGAGCAGGCUCCGUUGGACAAAUUGUCACAUCUUUUGGUGCACGUUGAUAAACAGCCUCCCCAUCAGACAGAGUGGCCAGAGUUCAACAGAGACUUGUACCUAGUCAGGCAAAUCUUGGAUAUACGCGCCCGGCGGAUUAACGAUCAACCACUACGGUUGCUUCAGAUCCUGGUCAAAACGCAGAGAUCACUUUCGACAAUGCCGCACGACAAGGUGUUCGGUUUGCUCGGCUUGACCACUGAUGGACAAGAUUUUGUGGCCGAGCCAGACUACAAAGUGUCCGAGGCCGAAGUGUGUAAAAGGAUGACUCGCUCGUUCAUCGAAUCCCGACUCAACCUGGAUAUUAUCCUAGCAGGAAGCCAAAACCCGGAAGACUCACUCUUACCAUCGUGGUGUCCAGACUAUCUGAGAAUUGCGAACACACCUCUGGCGGUGGAGGACGACAUCAGCUUCGUUAAGUAUAUCUCGGGCGAGGAUAAAUGCCAUCGACUGGGAAAGGAGGGCACCAUGUGGGAGACGACGGGCGGCCGCACUGGCGAACGGCGGGUGCACGUCGAUUUCCGGGACGACGAGCUUGGUCUCCGCGGCCUCCGGAUCGGGAAGAUCGGCGUCCUCGGAGCAAGCGGCCUUCAAAGGACGGCCAGCGACACGGAUAUGGAUGCAGAGGACCAUCAGUUCGUGCUCAUGAAGCAAGACACGGGGUUCGCGAAGCGCAAGUCCAGACCCAAGCCCAACAAGUCCAAUAAUAGUGAAGGGCGACGACCAUCCAGCGAGCCGAAGCGAGGCUAUUCGACCUACGACGGAAUCUGUCGUAUGUUACUCAUCUACGACCGUCACUAUACCGAGUUCACCAAGAACCCAAUCGUGCUGGGGAUGCUGUACAACAUCGGAUACCUGGCGUACGCUGCGUUUGGGGGCUCCAAGGCGGACAUGGUGUGGCACUGGCUGCAGAGGAACCGCAACCUGUCCAUUCACGGCAAGACGUUGCGCGAUCGGGCCUUCUACUCGUGGGACCGCGUCGGGCAUAACUACCUGGCGGGCUUCUUCAAGCUGAGCGCCAGAACCAUGACCGUGUGGCAGUACCACCACAUCACCGAGUCGGUGGCCCGCAUCAUCGGCCAGCAUGUACGGCUCAUGUCCACCGCCGCCGGAGAGGUGGGCUGGGUCCACCUAAACGCCAAACUCGACGACGAGAUCUUCCUCUUCGAGGGAUGCAGUUUACCUAUCGUGCUGAGGCCGUUGAGUAGUCUUCACCCGCGCAUGUCCUCGGCACAGAAACUCUCGGCUACUACACUAAACCUGGGGAUGAGGCACCGACCCAGCGAUCCGUCUGUCACAGUCGUGGCACCGCAGCCGCCACCGCCGCCAAUGUACCGCGUGGUCGGACAUGCCAUUGUCGAUGGAUAUAUGGAUGGUCAACGCUGGGCCAGUACUGAUAGUGAUCAGCUUGUUGAUAUCACCGUUGUGUGA